GGUUUCGAGUCCUUCUCUGUCACUCGACUGAACCCUUAAAUUUCCCGGCCAUCGGAGACGAACUUGAACUCCGUUUAUUACCAGCUAAAAAGCCAUGCCUUUGAAGCUCCCUAUCCGAAUUCGAUUCUUCACCCAUUCUCUAAGGGGCACUCAUAUCGAUUCCUUGAAUUCUGGUGCACGAGCUUACUAUUCCUCUAGCUCCGUCCCUUUUCUAUUCCGGAUAUUUUCUUUUACGUUGAAUCACUUUGCGUUCGGGUCUCGCAUCAACUUCUCUACGCGUCCGAACAGAGACUUACCCGAGUUUGGGCAGCGGAGUCGAGACGAAGGAGAAAUCCGCGCGUCGAAGAGCUUGAUCGAAGACGAGGAAGAACUCAGUAAUUGGGUAUGCGAUUUGAGGCCUGGAUCGUUUCGUUUCCAGCUCACGAGCGAAGAUGAAGAUUCGGGUCCAGAGGCAGAGGAUCGUAGCAGGGGAAGAAACCAACAAAAUGGUGGAAAGAGUGGAAGGGAAAGAGAGUCUGAUGAGUUUAGGGGUUUUAACAGAACAGGAACUCGCAAUCAAGUUGAUUCUUUUAGGGAUAAGCGGUAUGUUGAUAGAGAAAGUGGAUUGAGUGGUCGGAUUCAAGGAAAGAGUAGUCAUGGGUCUUUCCGUGGGAGGAAGGAGAGAAAUUUAGAUUCAGGAUUUAGGAGAGAUAGAGAAGACUACAAGGGUUUAGGGAAGCGGAAAGAUCUUCUAGAGGACGAAAGUAGUGAUGAGGAUGUGAAGAGUUUAGUAAUGGGAGGCAUUGGGGAUUUACUUAGUGAAGAUGAUGAAGACGAGGACGAAGACUACGAAUUUCUCAGGAACAAAGCAGCUUCUGCUUUUGGGUUUGAUAAGGAGAAGGUUAUAGAUACGGAUAAGGCUAGGAAUGCAGAUCAUGUUAAAGCUUCAGAUUCUUAUUUGACCAAGACAAGAUUUGAUCAGUAUCCACUGUCUCCCUUAUCGCUAAAAGCAAUUAAGGAUGCGGGGUAUGAGACAAUGACGGUUGUGCAGGAGGCUACUCUUCCUAUCAUUCUCAAAGGUAAAGAUGUCCUUGCCAAGGCAAAAACAGGCACCGGGAAAACUGUAGCGUUUUUGCUUCCAUCAAUUGAAGUAGUUGUCAAAUCUCCUCCUACAAGCCCGGAUAAUAAACGACCCCCGAUUCUUGCACUUGUGAUAUGCCCAACUAGAGAGCUUGCCAGUCAAGCUGCUACAGAAGCAAACACCUUGCUGAAGUAUCAUCCAUCUAUUGGUGUUCAAGUUGUGAUUGGAGGCACAAGACUCGGUUUAGAGCAAAAGCGUAUGCAGACAAAUCCUUGCCAGAUUUUAGUGGCUACACCUGGAAGGCUCAAAGACCAUAUUGAGAACACUCCAGGAUUUGCAACAAGGUUAAAAGGUGUGAAAGUCCUUGUGCUUGAUGAAGCUGAUCAUCUUUUAGACAUGGGAUUUCGCAAGGACAUUGAAAGGAUAAUUUCCGCGGUUCCUAAGGAGAGACAAACUUUUUUAUUUUCCGCCACAGUACCUGAAGAGGUUCGCCAAAUAUGCCUUGUUGCUCUGAGGCGGGAUCACGAGUUUAUCAACUGUGUUCACGAAGGCACUGGAGAGACGCAUCAACAGGUCAGACAAAUGCACAUGAUUGCAUCACUGGACAGACACUUCUCUCUUCUGUACACACUUCUUCGAGAACACAUUGCGGAUAACGUAGACUAUAAGGUCAUUGUCUUCUGUACAACUGCUAUGGUUACAAAACUAGUGGCUGAUCUACUUGGUGAGCUAAACAUAAACGUGAGAGAGAUCCAUUCUAGGAAACCGCAGAGUUACAGGACAAGGGUUUCUAAUGAGUUCCGGAAAUCCAAAGGUUUGAUUCUUGUAACAUCUGAUGUAUCUGCUCGAGGAGUCGAUUACCCUGAUGUGACUCUUGUUUUACAGGUGGGAUUGCCAAAAGACAGAGAACAAUAUAUACACAGACUCGGUAGAACCGGGAGAAAAGGAAAGGAAGGAGAAGGCAUCUUGUUGCUGGCACCAUGGGAGGAAUACUUUCUAUCAUCCCUUAAAGACUUACCCAUCACUAAGUCUCCUCUGCCAUCGAUAGAACCAGAAACAGUAAAAAAGGUGCAAAAGGCGCUAUGCCAUGUCGAGAUGAGGAACAAGGAGGCGGCGUAUCAGGCUUGGUUGGGUUACUACAACUCACAGAAGAUGAUUGGAAGAGACAAAGAAAGGCUUGUGGAGUUGGCUAACGAGUUUAGUCGUAGUAUGGGACUUGACAAUCCUCCGGCUAUACCAAAACUUAUUCUUGGUAAGAUGGGUCUCAAAAAUGUUCCUGGUCUUAGAGCCAAAUAGAUACAUAAAUAUUUUUGAGGAAUUUAUAUUCAUGUUGAGAAAUGGAUAAAAAUAGCCCCAAAAAAGUGAAAGUUCACAAAAAUAGCCCCUCAUUUUGGAAGGGGACCAAAAUAGCCCCAAAAAGUAAAAAGUAGUAAAUGCUAUGUUUGGUAGUUUUUAAAUAUUGGGCUAAAUUUGUGAACUUUUAGUUUUUGGGGCUAUUUCUGAGAAUUGUCUUUUUUUUCGUUUCUUCAAUGUGUAUAAAAGACUUAUCAUUACUUUAACUGUUUUAC